GUUUUUUUUUUUUUUUUUUUUUUUUUUUUUUUGGUGAAUCAGUGCAUCCUCUUCUUCAUCAUUGACAACAUGGCCGACACAUGACACACGUACUCACACACUUUCACAAACGCCCUCUCUCUCUCACUUUUUUUUUUUUUUAAUUAAAAUGUUUUAUUUUUUUAAUUGUUUUAAUUGAUAAUGAUAGAUCAGUUUUGAUUUUUUGAUUGUUUAAUUUAUUUGAAUUGUAAAUGAAAUUAUUUCUAAAUAAUUUAGAGGUGUUUGUGGUUUUUUUUUUUUUUUUUUUAAAUGAAUGAUGUUAUUUUGAUGAUUCUUUUUCGUCUCUGUUUUUAUUGGUACCAGCACGUUCCAUGAACGAAAUCAACGAGAUUAAAAAAAUAAAUAAAAAAACAUAUAUUUAUAGUGUUUGCAUAUGUGUUUGUUGCUUUUGUUUUUAAUAAUUUUUCUGGCCAAUUUACAACUUUUUAAGCUAGAAAUUGCUCAAAUGUUACUAUAAAAUCUACAUAGUAUUUUCUGUAAAAAAAAAACUUUCAAAAGUAAAUUUUAAGGAAUUAUUAUUCCAAUAUUCAGACUACAACAAUAUAAAAUUAUUUUAAUUAAUAAAUAAUAAUUAAUUCCAAAAAUGAAGGCUUAAAUUUUGUUACUCUAUGGAAAUACGUUCGAGUUUCUUAUCUACAUGCCACAUGCCCCCAACACACACACACUCUGUGUAAAUGUCAUAACACUGAUCUGUCAAAAAAACAGAUUGUUUAUUUUUUGUAAAUGUUAUUAUUUUUUUGACAUGUUUUUAACCAGAUAUCAACAAAUUGACAUUCCAGAUUUUAUUAAAAUCAAUUAAUUUUGGUAUCGCAGUAUUUUGAAAAAUUCAUAUGUCAAUCAAACAAAGCAACAAAAUGAUAACAAAGGAUAUAAUUAACAUAAACAACAUGACAAUAAGUGAGAAUAAUCUCGCUGAGAUAUGUAAAAAAUUGGAUGAAGCUGAGCAACGUGUCAACAAGGACUUGGAGCAAAUGCUUCAGAGACAUUGUCACAUUGAAACAAAAUUAAAAAGUAUAAGUAAAGUAUUGCCAAACGUUGGUGUCAUUAGAAUUGAAGGAGAAAAAUUUUUAGAUACAAUUGAAAAAACAAAUAAAUUAGCUGAAACAGUUAGUGCUAAAGUAAGACAACUUGAUCAUGCAAGAAGUAGAGUUUGUGAAUGUCAAAGUCGUGUUAAUGAUAUACUAGAUUUACAAUUAUGCAGUGAAGGUGUAGCAACAGCACUUCACAAUGAAGAUUACGAGCAAGGAGCUGGUCAUGUACGUCGUUAUUUAUUGAUGGAUCAAAAGCUAUUAGAAAGAACAGCUGAUGAUGUAUCUGAAGAUCGUGUAAGCAUUGCUGGUUCAUUGGCAACACUUCGACAAGCUGCUGAUCAACUUAGAAAAGUAGUUACUCAUAAAUUUGAUGAUGCAGUUAAACAAGAAGAUCUUGCAUCAGUUGAACGCUUCUUCAAGAUAUUUCCUCUCCUAGGAAUGCAUGAUGAUGGUCUUGUAAAAUUUAGUAACUAUCUUUGUGUCAAGCUACAAGAUUCUGCAAAGAAAAAUUUAUUAUCAGCUCUAGAUGUCAAGGGAAAAGAUGAAAGAGCACCAGUUAUUUUUGCUGAUACAAUGACUCUUCUCUUUGAAAAAAUUGCCCGAAUAAUUGAAGUUCAUCAGCCAAUUAUUGAGACUUAUUAUGGUCCAGGAAGAAUUAUAAAAACAGUUGAUAUUCUACAAAAUGAAUGUGAUAAACAAGUUAAAAAAAUAUAUCAAGAAUUUGUAUUGGCACGUUCUAUAUCAAAAAGAAUACAAAAUAUAAAUGAUUAUGGAAGAAAACAGGGUGUUGAAAAGGUUGAUCCAAAGACACUUGAUCUUCUUCUUGGUGAAUUAACACUGAUGCAUUCACGAGCAGAACUUUACAUACGUUUUCUUCGUCGUCGUAUUACGAAUGAUCUUGAAAUAGCAAUUGCUGAUGAAGAACAAAGAUCAAUGAAAUUAAUUGAAUUUGAUGAGAUGAUUAAAAAUUCUGAGCUAUCACAUGUGAUGCAAGAAAUACUUGGUGCAUACUUGGCACUUGAAAGAUAUUUUUUGGAAGAGAGUGUUAUCAAAGCACUGGGUAUGGAUACACUUGAGCAUGAUCAACAAACAUCAAGUAUGGUUGAUGAUGUAUUUUAUAUUGUUAAAAAAUGUGUACGUCGUUCAAUAACAAGUUGGAGUAUUGAUGGUGUUUGUGCUGUUGUUAAUUUAGCAUGUGGUAUACUCGAGGGUGAAUUUUCAACACGUCUUAAGACAAGACUUCGUCAGGGUUAUCCAGCUGGUUAUUUAGAUCUUGCACAAGCAUAUAAUGCAUUUCAAACAAGUAUACAACAAGGUAGAUUACAAGCAUCUGAUACAGAUUAUGCUAGAUUAAUGUUUUUGGCUUAUUUAAAUAAUGCUGAUGUUAGUAUUGAGUAUGUUGAAACAUUAAGUAAAAGUCUUGAUGCUGAAAUUAAUUCAGCAUUUUUAAAUAUGCCUAAAAAAGAUCAUGAUAAAGUUGACAGUUGUCUUGCUGGAAUGAAAAAUGUUACAAGUACAUUGAGAUCAAUUAUUGAUUUUGGAAUGGAACAGCUGAGAGCUAGUGCUGUUAAGCCAAGAGUUACACCUUGGCUUGAUUCAUUUUUAUCAGUUAAUCAUCAAGUCAAUGAAGAUGAUUUACUUAGAUAUGAAACUGAUGAACCAUUUAUUCAAACACUUGUACAAAAUCUUGAUGGUUUAUUGGAAACAUUUAAAAAUAGCUUAACUACAACAAAUUAUGAUGCAUUUAUUGCAAUGCUUACUACUGAAGUUACAUCUAGACUUGAAAAAGUUAUUUUUAAAUCAACUUUCAAUAGGCCUGGUGGACUGAUUCUUGAUAAAGAAAUACGAUCACUUGCUAGUUAUUUAGCAUCAUCAACAUCCUGGUCGAUACGUGAUAAAUUUACAAGAUUAAUGCAAAUAGCAAAUACACUGAGUGUUGAAAAAAUAGAGGAAUUAAUUGACUAUUGUGGUGCUGAUUCAAUAUCAUGGCGUUUAACACCAGCUGAAGUUAAAAAAAUAUUAUCAUUAAGAGUUGAUUUACGCUCUGAUGAUAUAAAACGUCUUAAAUUGUAAUUAAGUACAAAUUAUUUUAUUAAAACCAUUAAUAGUUAUAAACAAAAAAUUCUUAUGUCAAUAGUUACAAUUUUUUUUUUCUAAUUUUAAUUUCUUUGUUAUUGCAUUCAUUUUUUUUUUUAAAUUCUCAAUUCUAGUUUUUUGUUUUUUAAAUUUUACAAAUAAACUAGAAAGAAAAAAAAUAAUUUAAUAAUAAUUUUGCCUGUACAAAAAAUUAGACAAUAAAAAUACAAAUAAUUAUUUAAAAAAAAAAAAAAA